GUCCGGGGCUGCUUGACUCCUUGAGUAUUAGAGAAAGCCCCACCAAAGCAUCGACAACACGUACGGCUGGUUGGUACUGUUGAUGACAUCUUCUUAUUGAAAGGAGGUAUUCGAAAUAAGAAACAUCAACGAGAUGUCUCAAUCAUUGCGACCUUACCUUCAAUGCGUACGAUCCUCCUUGACAGCAGCUCUAUGUCUCUCGAACUUCGCAUCCCAGACUUCCGAAAGACACAAUGUGCCCGAAAUUGAAGCUAAGACUUCACCGGAAGUUCUGUUAAAUUCAUUGACAGUCGCACGAAAUGAGAAUGAACGGGUUCUCAUUGAACCCAGUAUCAACAGUGUCCGUAUCAGUAUCAACAUCAAACAAGCAGACGAAAUUGAGCACAUUCUCGUACACAAAUUUACCAGGUUCUUGACUCAACGAGCAGAAGCAUUCUUCAUUCUUAGGAGGAAACCCGUUAAGGGCUACGAUAUCUCGUUUUUGAUUACGAACUUCCACACGGAGGAGAUGUUAAAGCAUAAGCUGGUGGACUUCAUCAUAGAGUUCAUGGAGGAAGUUGAUAAGGAAAUCUCGGAGAUGAAGCUAUUUUUGAAUGCUCGUGCAAGAUUCGUUGCAGAAUCGUUCUUGACACCAUUCGAUUAAGCUUGGGGUUGGUUUUUGGAGUAUACUAUAUUGAUAGUAGCAUAUAUGAGAUCAGCGGUGUGGGAAGUCGACAUUUUGAUCCGGCGUUUCGGAGAAUAAAAGAUCUUAUAAAUAGGCUAUCAGCUGGUAUUCAUUACCUUGUAUCAUUUCUGGGUGAAAGAACAUAUUAUCACUGCGAAGGACAUGCAAUCUUCAUUUAAGGUCUUAUUCAUAUCGCGGCUUUGACACAUUUGUUUCCAUACAGUCUUCUGAAUUGAUUGUUCAUAUCACUGUGGUGUAUCUUCAUUCUGACGUGCUAUAUAGUUUCUGUAUUGUGCGGUGGAAGGGGUCUAAAAUGAGCUUUGUGGGAUCUUGAAUGGAAUCAAAUUACUUGAACUUACCCGCAGUAACAUUCUUCGAUGUGUGUACGCUCAAUGUGAUACGAGCAAUGCGGGACCACAAUUGACGAUCUUGAGCUUCAUGAUGAAUACUUGAGCCAGGGAAUUGACAGGAGCACUUGGAAUUUGUUGAACUUACCUGUCAAGCAAUCGCCA